AUGGCAGCACCUGAGGAUGAUUAUUCAUCAAUACCUCUUAAUGAACGAGUAACACAUAAGAUUUGGAAAGUUCGGGUUGGAGCUUAUGAGGAACUUGCAAAACUAUUUAAAAAAUCAGAUAGUGAAAGCGACUUUAGGCCUUAUGAGGGUUUAAUGAAAAACAUUGCGACAGACUCUAAUGCUGUCGCUCAAGAAAAUGGUCUAGCGACAUUGAUUGCAUUUGUUGAUAACGCACCAAAUCCGCUAAGGGUCAGGGCUUCCAUUAUACCAGCCGUUGUUGAUAAGGGUUUCGGCUCGAGCCGCUCCGGAACAAAAUCUAAAGCAAUAGAACUCAUACUGUUAUAUAUAGAAGUUGAUAUACCAGAUCCUAUAGUGGAAGAUGUCCUUGUUGGAUUAAAUGCCAAACAACCUAAAUUGGUUGCUACAUCUGUUCAAGCACUUAAGGAGACAAUUAGACUUUACGGUGCAAAAACAGUGAAUGUUAAGCCUAUUCUAAAAAUUAUACCAAAAAUAUUUGCACAUACCGAUAAGAAUGUGAGAAAUGAGGGAACACAAUUAGUAAUAGAACUAUAUAAGUGGUUGGGUAAAGCGAUUGAUCCACAUUUAUCAGAGUUAAAGCCUGUACAGAUAAAAGAAUUGAAUGAAGCAUUUGAAAAAUUACCACAAGUAAAACCUCAACAAGAACGAUUAUUACGUUCACAAAUAGCUGCAGCAGAGGCAGCGGCGGAAGCUGGUGGAGGUGAUGAAGCUGAAGCAGAAGAAGAAAAAGAGAUUGAUGCAUAUGAUUUAGCAGAACCGGUCGAUGUUUUGUCAAAAUUGUCCAAAGAAUUCUAUACUGGAUUGGGUUCUACUAAAUGGAAAGAAAGGAAAGAAGCUCUGGAGGGUUUGUUAGAAAUCUGUAAGACACCGAGGAUUGUGGAUAAUAAUUAUUCCGAUUUAACUGCCGCCCUUGCCAAGCGAAUGUCAGAUUCCAAUGUUCUAGUAGUUACAAUCGCAGCUAAUGUGAUAGAUGCGUUGGCCUUGGGUUUACGUGAAGCUUUUGCAAAAUAUAAACCGACGGUCGUAGGUCCCAUGAUAGAAAAACUUAAAGAAAGAAAACAAAGUGUAGUUGAUGCUUUGGCUUCGGCACUGGAUGCCGUUACAAUUUCUGAUGUAUCUGAGGACAUAUUGGCGGCCGGAAAACACAAGAACCCGCAAGUUAAAUCAGAGUCCAUGAAAUGGCUUGUCAGAUGUAUAAAAAAUACUAAAAUUGCACCACAAAAGGCUGAAAUUAAAUCUUUAACUGAGAUGAUGGUGAAGGCUUCUGAGGACAGUUUUGAACCUGUUCGUAAUUCAGCUUUUGAAGGAUUGGGAACAAUGAUGAAAGUCAUUGGUGAGAAGACGAUGAACACUUUUUUGGAAGGCCUUGACGAUAUAAAAAAGGGAAAAGUCAAAGAAUUUUAUGAAAAGGCCGAAGUUAAAGUAAAAUAUUCUGCUCCGGCGAAAAAGCCUCCAGCCAAAGCAGAUGCACACAAAGGGAAAUCCUCGGGAAAAGCUGUGACAAAAAAAGAAGCUGGAUCUGCACCUAAGAAGGCAGCUCCUGCUGGAAAAUCUACCCCAACAGCAAAGCCAGGAGGUCCUCCCAAAAAAGCUUCUGCUAAUGCUGUUGCUACGUCUCCUCCAAAGAAGAGUGGAAAAGUGAAGGAAGAAGUUAUCAAAUACAAGUUUACUAACGACGAAGUUGAGUCCAAGUUUGCUGAAUUGAUUUCCGAAGAUCAGACUGCGGGAUUGAGUGAAAAGAAUUGGAAAUUGCGUUUAGCGGCCAUUGAGAACCUUUUAACCACAUUGGAAGAGAUGGAUCCGCCUGAAGUAGAAGCGGAGUUAUUUAUAAGAUUUCUUUCUUUCAAACCUGGCUGGAAAGAAAGCAAUUUUCAGAUUUUAUCAAAAGCAUUCAAUAUAAUGGAGAUACUUUGUCAAAAGGUUCCGUCAUUUGGAAAACCAGCGGCAGCAUUAGCAAUACCAAUAUUGAUAGAAAAGUUGGGUGACAUUAAACUAAAGAAAAGUGCAGGAGACGCAUUAACGGCUUUUUCCGAAAAAAUAUCCUUACAAUUUGUAUUUUCACAAGCAUAUGAGCCAUUGCGUAAAGCAAAAGCACCUAAGACAUUAGCCGAUAGUUUAACAUGGAUGCAUGGUGCUAUUAUGGAGUUUGGAAUAGCAGCUCUUCAAGUGCGUGAGUUGAUUGAAUUUCUCAAGUUCGCAUUAGGCAGCUCUAAUGCGGCUGUUCGCACAAAUUCUGUCACUGUUUUGGGAGCUUUGCGCAUUUUUGUAGGACCAGAUAUAAGGACAUUUGUUCAAGAUUUAAAUCCUACACAGCUAGCAACAAUUGACAGUGAAUUUGAGAAAGUUGCUGAUGAAGCACCUCCAAAAGCAUUAAAAACAAGCGUCGAUGUUAUAAGCAAAGGUGGUAGUGGAAAAGAUACUUUAGAAGAAUUGUUUCCUAAAGUUGAUAUUAGCGCACAAUUUACUAGUAAAAUGAUGGCUGAAUGCAACGAUGAUAAAUGGAAAGUUCGAAAGGAUGCACUUGAUCAAGUUCUUGCUAUUGUUGAUGCUAAUAAGAAAAUUAAACCAAGCUUAGGUGACUUUAUUCCUAUCCUAAAAGCGAGGCUAUCGGAUAGUAAUAAAAACUUGCAAAUGAUGGCUUUGGAUAUAACUGCCAAGCUUGCUACAGCAAUGGGCAAGCCAUUUGACAGGCAUGUUAAAAUAUUAGUGGCGCCAGUCACUGCUGUCCUUACAGAUAAAAAAGCAACAGUCCGUGGCGGUGCUAUUGGUACUUUGGAUGCUUUAGCAAAUGCUUGUGGGCUCGAUCCUUUAAUUGGUUCAUUUUCAACAAGUCUUGCAACAGAUAAUCCUUUAUUAAGAAAAGAUCUAUUGAGUUGGCUCUCUGAACGCCUCAAGGAAGCCGUAGAGAGUGAUAAAAAGAAUGCGUUACCAGAUUUGUCACCCAUGGUUCAACCAAUUCUAUCUUGUUUACAAGAUCGGAAUGGUGAAGUUAGAAAAGCAGCGCAGGCUUGUUUAGGGCCUAUAGUAAAAAGUGCCGGAUAUGAUUAUGUGGUAGCAAAAUGUGGUGAUUUGAAAGGUGCAGUAAAACAGACAAUUAUGCCGAUGAUAGAAGCCGUUCGACCAACAGGCCCUAGUGGACCUGCUGCGAGGAAGGAUGCUAAAAAGGCGGGACUAAAAUCUCGUUUAAUUCUUAGACCACCAGCUAAUUCAACAUUUAAUAAACCUACUACAUCAUUAGCAAAUCCAUUAGCCACAGCAAAUCCUAAUGCAUCGAGUAUACCUACAAAUGGACCACCUUCUUUAUUAGCACAACCUAGCGGUAUUAGUAGGCUUCAGUCACCUUCUCAAAGAGGUGGUAUUCCAAGUGGGAUUGGAAGAGGUUUACCACCUCCGUCAAGAUUACAGUUUUCACGAAUUCGUCCCGGUAUGAAUGGUGCAAAUGGGCAAAUUCCUGCAGUACCUAAUGGUUCCAUCGAUGAAAAUGAAACUAAGUCUAGUAUAGAAGUUGAUAAUUCAGAACAUUCACUAUCAGAUAAUAAUGAAAUAAAUGUGAUCCCGCAUUCUCCUGGAUUACCUCCUGCUAAACAGCGAACAUCUGAGCGCGGGUCUGUUUUUAUGGUUGAGAUUAUCAUUACUAAAAUUAUGAGUACAGAGUUUCAACAAAGUAUUGAGGCUUUGAAAGAAUUGGACAAACAUUUGAACACUUCUCCUGAAUCCAUUAUUCCUGAUGUUGAUGAACUCGUAAAUGCUUUAGCAUUUCAAGUUCGAAUUUCUUAUACACAACUUCAACCACAAUCACAGAGUUUAAUUCGACUAUGUAAACAUCUUGUCAAUGCUUUAGUACUAUUAUUUUCAAAUAAGAAUUUGGCAUUAGCAGUGUCUCAAGAUUCACUUGACCGUUUAUUAUCUGAGCUAGCACAUCGUUUGUUAGAUCCUAAUCUCUCAGUAGUGGAUGGAGGUCAACAAUUAUCAAAAGCGCUUAAUGUCUCAAUGGUUAAGGUACUUGAAAAUAGUAAUCGUAACAGAACUGCACUAAUUUCAAUACUAGAAAAAUCAUCAUCUAAUUUGCGAGAGGUUGAUGCGGCUACUGCUACCACACAAACGAAGUUUACUGAACUAAUUAUGAAAUGUUUAUGGAAACUAGCAAAGACAGUUCAAGAUAAUUUGAAGGCUGGUAUCCUUUCACCGAGUCAAUUAUUACGUGAUCUCAAUAGCUUCUUUUUAGCAACACCACCAGCUGAAUGGAAAAGACGAGCAGCAGAGAAGGUACCACUAGGCGAAAUGCCUUUACGUACAGUUAAAACACUGUUACUUGAAUUGGUAACUGGUCUUGGUGAUAAUGUAUACGAUCAUUUAGAUCUUAUUGAAGAACCACAAAGGAGUUAUGUUUAUCCUUAUUUACAUCAUAUGGUUGAGGUUAAGAAGAAGGAUAAGCUAGCUAGCAAUCCAACAAUCGCUUACAAUCCAACAAGUCGUUCAUCUCCAAUUUCAUCAGUCAGAUCUUUUAAUUCAUCCGGUUCCGACGUGACAUAUGCCACUACGGAUACUGCAACAACUUCACCAUUUAAUGAAGCUUCAAUUAAGAAUAAUCCAUCGGCAAGAAAUUUUCCAUCAGCUAGAAGUUCACCAGCUAGAAGUUCUCCGAUACCCGAAGUUCCCGGUCACAUUAAUGAAACAAUGUCAAAUGCUUCAGAGCCAGUAAGCCCAUCGUCACCACGCACUCCAAUGACUCCGAAAUUCCCUACACCAACUAGUAGUGCACGUUCAUCAGGUUCACAUGAAGUAGAAAUGAAUGCACAGCUAACUCAAAUUUUCCUUAAAAUUGGAACGAGAGAAGGAACGAAAAAGGGUAUCUAUGAAUUAUAUGAAUUUCAAAAAAAACACCCUGAAAUGGAAGGCAAGAUAACAACACAAUUAUCUAGAACAGGUCCAUAUUUCCAAAGUUAUAUUCGCCGUGGACUUGCCAACAUUGCUAUAGAAGAAGAGGAAAAGGAAAGAGCUAAUGUUAUCGCGGAAGUUAAAAAUCUAUAUAAUAUAAUUCCAACGGAAGAUGAUAAACAUAAAAUUCAACUUUUGAGGUUACAACAUAUAUUUGGUUAUCAAGUUAAAAUGAGGAAUGGGCAAACCAUAAAUGAAAUGAAUGAAGAGAAUCAAAGCGAAAAUAUCAGUUAA